CCCGCUCAGGUCGCCUCCCCCUGGCGGGGGCCGUGUCCACCCAGAAUGGGGGCGCCUCUGGAUCCCCCGAAUGAACCCGCAGGAAGGGCCGCGUGUUGGGGGGAGGCCGCGCUUGCCGCGGGGUCCCCAUCCUCCUAGGUGCGGAAGGGGCCCGACCGCGUCCCGGAGGACUGAGCGCCGGCUGCCACCGGCCGGGGGUCGCCGAGGCUCUCCUGUAACAAAGCAGCUCUACUGAGGCAAGAAGGGCCGGGCUUCGGGAACCGGACUCUCACCGGGAGGAACCCUCUGCAGAGCUUCAGGAGAAGCAGAAGAAACGCAGAAAAAGAGCAUAUGGGGCCCCGAGUGAUUUCACCACGUUCAGAAGCUGUGUGCCUUCCCAGCUUUUGACAUUCUACCAAGAACAAGAGAAAAUGAACAAAUCCCUGAAAUGUGCUGGUCAGGGAUCCGUGUCAUUCAAGGAUGUGACUGUGGACUUUACCCGGGACGAGUGGCUACAGUUGACAGGCACACAGAGGACGCUGUACCGGGACGUGAUGCUGGAGAACUACAGCCACCUGGUCUCAGUGGGGUGUCACCUCACCAAACCAGAUGUGAUCUUCAGGCUGGAGCACGGAGAAGAGCUGUGGCCAUCAGAGGGAGAAUUCCCAGACCAGGGUGAUCAAGACAAAAGCCAGGAAAACCAAGACAAACAUUUGUGGCGAGUUUCACUCAUCAACAAAAAAUCACUGACUAAGAAGAGAGAGAAUGAUUUCAGAGAAACACCCUGUCAAGAUGACUCACGUGGAAAGAGUUUGAAAAAUGUUUCAGAAUCAAUUAUUAGUGAUAACAAUCAUUCAAGUAAGAACUCUGAUGAAAUUAAUGUAUGCGGGAAGUUGCUCUCUGAUAAUAACCAAGGAAAUACUCAUACUGGAAAGAAAUCUGACGAACAUGACAAAGAUGGGAAACCCCCGGGUCAUACUGAGGACCGUACUAAGCAACAGAAAAUUCAAACUUUGGGACCACUUUCUGAAGAUAAUGAAUGUGGAGAAACCUUCCUUAACAAGGCAGCCAUCCUUACACCUACGAGGGUUCAAACAGAAGAGAAAUCCUGCGAUUAUAAGGAACAGGGGGGAAAUACCAGUGACGAGUCAGCCCCCGAAGUCCUUCAGGAAACUCAUACAAGGAAGAAUCACUGUGAGGUCAAUGAGUGCCUGAAGUCAACCCUCAUAAAACACCAGAAAGUCAACGUGGAAUCUAAUGAAAAUGAGAAUAAUUUCAGCAAGAAGUCCCAUGUCACUCAACCUCCUCACACAGAAGAGAAAACCUUUGAAUGUAGUCACUGCAGGAAAUCUUUUUACCAGGAGUCCCACCUGACUCAGCACCAGAAGACACACACAAGAGAGAAGCCCUGUGGAAGUCAUAAAUCUGGGAAAACCCUUCAUAAAUCACAACCCCCGGACCCUCCAAGAUCUCACGCAGGAGAGAAACCCAGUGAAUGCGAUCAAGUCCCCGUGCAGUCAGCCCUUACUGAUCAGCAGAGAACACGGUCAGAAGGGAAGCUUUAUGUGUGUAACGAGUGCAAGAAGUCUUUUCGUCAUAGCUCAGCCCUCAAAGUCCAUCAGAGAAUUCAUACAGGAGAGAAGCCCUAUCAAUGCACCGAGUGUGGGAAAUCCUUCUAUGCAAAAUCAAACUUCAAUCAUCAUCAGAGGACUCACACUGGGGAGAAACCAUAUGAAUGUAUGGAAUGUGGGAAAUCCUUCUGUGUGAAAUCGAACUUAACUAAACAUCAGAAAACACACACAGGUGAGAAACCUUUCAAAUGUAAUGAGUGUGGGAAGACUUUCUUACAGAAGUCACAGUUUGCUGACCAUCAGAGAACACAUACAGGGGAGAGACCCUAUGUAUGUAAUGAGUGUGGGAAGUCCUUCUACUAUAAGUCAGCCCUGCACGUACAUCAGGGGAAGCAUACAGAAGAGAAACCCUAUAAAUGCACAGAUUGUGGGAAAUCCUUCUGCUAUAAAUCAGCCCUAAUUAUCCAUCAAGUGUCUCACACAGGGAAGAAACCCUAUGACUGUAGUGAAUGUGGGAAAACCUUCUGUGUGAAGUCAAACCUCACUAAACAUCAGAAAAUUCACACUGGUUUGAAACCUUAUGAAUGCAAUGAGUGUGGCAAAGCCUUCUCUAUGAAUUCGAUCCUAAUAGUACAUCAGAGAACCCACACGGGGGAGAAACCCUAUGGAUGCAAUGAAUGUGAGAAGUCCUUCUAUAAAAAAUCAGCCCUCACUAAACACCAGAAAACUCACACAGGGGAGAAACCACAUGAGUGUAAUGAAUGUGGGAAGGCCUUCCAUAUGAAAUCCACCCUGAUCAUACACCAGAGAACACACACUGGAGAGAAACCCUUUAAAUGUAAUGAAUGUGAAAAGUCAUUCUAUGUGAAGUCACUUCUUAAUAUUCAUCAGAGAAAUCACACGGGAAAGAAACCCCAUGUAUGUAGUGAAUGUGGGAAAGCCUUUUCUAUGAAGUCCAAUCUCACUGAUCAUCAGAGGACACAUUCAGAAGAGAAACCCUACGAAUGUAACGAAUGUCAGAAGACCUUUCGCCAUAAGUCAACUUUAACGGUACACCAGAGAACUCACACAGGGGAGAAACCCUAUAAAUGUAAUGAAUGUGGGAAAUCCUUCUAUAUGAAGUCAGCCCUCAGUCAACACCAGAGAAUACACACUGGGGAAAAACCUUUUGAAUGUAAAGCAUGUGAGAAAACCUUCUUCCAGAAGUCCCACCUCACUAAACAUCAGCGCACACACACAGGGGAGAAACCCUAUGAAUGUAAGGAAUGUAAAAAAACCUUCUUCCAGAAGUCACACCUCAUUGAACACCAGAGAACACACACUGGGGAGAAGCCCCAUGAAUGUAACAAAUGUGGGAAAUCUUUCUGUUAUAAGUCAGCCUUAACCAUACAUCAGAGAACUCACACAGAAGAGAAACCAUAUAAAUGCAAUGAAUGUGAGAAAUCUUUCUGUAUGAAAUCACACCUCACUGUACAUCAGAGAACUCACACAGGGAAGAACCCCUUUGAAUGUAAGGAAUGUGGGAAGACUUUUUAUGUGAAGUCAAACCUCAUUAAUCAUCAGAGGACUCACACAGGGGAGAAGCCCUAUGAAUGUAAGCGAUGUGGGAAAUCCUUCUGUAUGAAGUCGACCCUCACGGUUCAUCAGCGCACACACACAGGGGAGAAGCCCUAUGAAUGUAACGAAUGUGGGAAGUCCUUCUGCAAGAAGUCGACGCUCACAAAACACCAGGUAAUUCACACAAGAGAGAUGCCCUAAGGUGCAGCAAAUGUGGAAAACCCUCCUGCGUGAAGUCGAGUUUCAUCAACGCCAAGAGACCCCAUGGGAGAAACCUUGGGACUGUAAUAAUGUGGAGACCUCCUCUUGUGGAGAUUCAGUCUUUAAUUGGCAUCAGAAGACACACAUCGGGUGGGGGUUGGUGGGCUCGCUCUGGAAUGGAUAUUGGGAAGGUUUCUGUGUCAUACCUUAUGAAAUAUCAGAGAACUCACAUGGAGAGAGCCCUGAGAACGUCCUGUAUGUUAGUAUCCACCUAUGAAUCUAAUAGGUGUCUCAGAGGAAGCAGUCACAGGGUUCAAAUCACAAAGAAUGCCACAGAAGAAUAAAGGCAUUUACAGAGUCACAACUUACUGACCAUCAGGUAAUUGAUAUUGGAGUGGAACUAUAUCAGUGUCUAACAUGCAUGAAAGCUUUUGAGGAAAAAAAAUCAAACUGUGUAAGAAAGGAAUUAAUCUUGAGGGGAAAUCUAUCAAUUUGGGAAAUGUGGAUAAGUUUUCUCUAGAAAUAACACUAGAAGUCACGAUUUGGAUGUGGUACCAGAUUUUGAAGAUGUGGCAUAAGAUGCAUCAGAUGCUAACGGUGCCCAUUGUGGGAUUAUGAGGCCUUGGGAAGAACGCGGUGGUGGCUGUAGCUCGUAGCACCGGGUGCCUGAGGCGCCCCUGAGUGAGCAAGGCUUCGGUAUGUUGUACACAGCAUACACACGUGUGCGUUUGGUUUAUGUAGCGGGUGUUGAAGUAGGUGUCAGUAGGAAGUACCUCCCCAUAGCUUAAUAAUUACCAUGACAGAUUUCUCACACUAAAUGCCCCCAGUGUGUUUUUGUAUGUUUGUAGUACAGUAUGCGUUAUAAGGGAUACAUUUGACAAAUCUGAAAUACUAUACCCCAACAUGCUGUUAAGUGAGGAACGCAAAGUACGCUCCACCGUACAGCAUGCUACCUUCGGUGUAAGAGUUGAGAGGAAGUAAGAUACACAAUUGCUUAUUUUUUGCAAAGAGAAAUACUAGAAGGAUAAACUAUGAUAUAAAAAUGAAUUCCUAUGGAGGCAGGAGUGAACAGGGUGGAGUCAGGGAUGGAAGCAAGGUUUCUUAUACCUUUUUAUGAAUUUUGACUUUUGAACAAAUGUAAAUUAUACAUUCAAAAAUAGAAAAUAAAAGCAUUCUGAAAUUGAAAA